AUGAGUGAUGGUUCUAUAGGCAGAAUUUUGAUUGGUUGGAAUAAAGCUACUAUUAGACUCAAUGUUAUUGCGGAUGAUAGCCAAUAUAUACAUUGUGAUGUGAAGCUUGUUAAGGAGAAUUCUAGCAUUGGCUUGACAAUAGUCUAUGGCAGCAAUAAUCCUAUGGAGAGAAAGGUUCUUUGGCGUAAUCUCAUAAAUCAAGCCCAUAUGAUGCAAAAUACACCUUGGAUCAUAAUGGGAGAUUUCAACACCAUCAAACACCCCCUAGAAAAGGUUGGUGGGGCUGCUUGGGGAAACUACUACUGUGAAGACCUUAGUAAUUGUAUGAGAGAUGCUGAAUUGGAUGACCUAAGGUUCAUGGGUCAUCUCCUAACUUGGAGUAAUUGUAGUGAAGGAGCGAGAAGGAUUGCAUGCAAACUUGAUAGGGCUCUCAUAAAUGAUUCAUGGAAGGAUCUAUUCCCAAAUGCCAUGGCUCAUUUCUUCAACCCCUCCAUUUCCGAUCAUUCUCCAUGUUUGGUGAGAGUUGGUACCAUAGAAGAUUGUAGGAAAGUUCCUUUUAAAUUCUACAAUAUGUGGACACACCAUGAAAACUUUCUUAAUGUUGUUGCCAAAGUUUGGAACCAAGAAGCACAAGGCAGCCCCAUGUUCAUUGUGACAAGCAAGCUUAAAAAGCUGAAAGUGGAGUUAAAAAAGUUCAAUAAGGAGCAUUUUGGCCAUAUCUCCGAAAGAGUGUUAGAAGCUAGAAGGCAACUUGAAAAUGUCCAAGAACUUCUCUGGAUAAGCCCCUUGGAUGAGGAUCUUGCUCGUGAUCAAAACACAAAAUUCUUUUUCAAAAGCAUCAAAGGCAGAAGAAAUAGGAACUCUAUCUAUGGGAUCCAAAGGGAGAAUGGAACUUUUGUUUAUGGCAUGGAGGAGGUAAAGGAGGAAUUUGUGGAUCAUUUCGAAUCUGUCCUAAAUGUAAGGGAGCAUUCAAAUGUGAACCUUGAGCAGCUCAAAAAGGUAGUCAAUCACUAA